CCCUGGUACCUGACCAAUUAUUUUCACUUAAAUUUCAGUGGCUGUUGCGUGCAAUCCCCGCAAUUCCUUAUUAUUUAACAUCCGAUCGCAGCGACACGAGUGUGUGCGUGUGGUCACUGAUUAGAUAGAGAUCUAGGAGUCUUCUCGCCGCCAUGCUAGUCAUAAAUACCUGCAGGAACGUAUCCAGGCUGGCGCUCCGCAGUCUCAACCUGCGAUCGCCGAUCGCUCUGCGCACUUUCUCGGCGGGUCUGGCCCUGAAACAGAAAGAUGUUGUUAACGUAACCUUUGUUCGUGCCAAUGGGGACCGGAUCAAGGCGUCCGGUAAGGUGGGCGACUCCCUGCUGGACGUGGUGGUCAAUAACAGCGUGGAUCUGGAUGGAUUCGGUGCCUGUGAGGGCACCCUGACCUGUUCCACCUGUCAUUUGAUCUUCAAGACGAACGACUACGAGAAGCUGCCCGACAAGCCUGGCGACGAGGAGCUGGACAUGCUGGACUUGGCCUACGAACUAACGGAUACCUCGCGCCUUGGCUGCCAGAUCACGCUUUCCAAGGACAUGGACGGCCUAGAGGUACAUGUACCCUCUACCAUAAACGAUGCCCGCGCUGCGUAAACGAAAAGCUUUGUUAUCUAUUGUUGCAAUUUUGAGUGCUAAUACGCUUUAGUUUAGGUCUAAAUAUUUGAAUGAAAUCGUAUGUAUUGUCCCAGGGACACCGAGGCUCAGGCGACUAUUAUAGAUGCGCGUGCAUAAAUUCGAUUCCAGAGGCGGUUUAUGCACGCUGUUGUUUUUUUAAAGUGUUUAAGCUCAAAGGGAUGUAUCUAGCUGAAUAUGUAAAUAUGUGUGUUUGCCAAUAAAUUUACAUGUAUUUUCGUA